AUGGGCUUACCUAUGGAAUAUAGUGGCAACAGAAUGUCUUCACAACUCCCGUCUACUGAAGAAGUAAAAAAGAUGGAUGUCGAAUCCCUCGUUUUGCGGCUAAAUGAUGCUAAUUUAGGUUUAAAAAAAGACGCACUCAACUUCAUUAAAGAACAACAGAUACCCGGUGACAUUUUUCUUAAUUUAACUCUCAGUUGUCUCAAGACAUAUGGAUUAAAACUCGGCCCAGCAAUGCGUAUUUUGCAAACAAUCGACACCCUAAAAAAAGAAGACUUCAAGAAUAAAAUGGGGAUGCAUGUGGCCUAUAAUGGCGACAAUAUGUCUGCACGAAUACCAGCUAGUAAAGAAAUAAAAACAUUGGAUGUCGAUUCUCUUGUUCUAAGAUUGAGAGACGCUAAUUUAAGAUUAAAUAUGAACGUUCUCUACUUCCUUAAGGAUCAGGAAGUUUCUGGUGAGGACUUUCUAGAAUUAACUCACGAGGACUUUUUUAUACAUGGGCUAAAAUUGGGUCCGAUUAAAUUUAUCCUACGGGCGAUUCAAAAAAUAAAUAAUGAGGAUGGACAAGAAAUUCUUCAAGGUUCGAACAAUAGCAAUUUGUCCAGUAAUUACAAUGAUAAUGAGGAUUACGACGAUAAUGAAAAUUACAGCGAUAAUGAAGAAAUAGCUGAAUCAAGUGAAUCGGUAAUAAAUGAUAAUUCACUUCGUGGGCAAAGCCCAGCCAUCGUAGAUUUAUUACGCCAGCAAAAUAUCAACCCUAAAGGAAAAUUGCAACAACUUUGCAUGAGAGGGAAAAUUUUAGAAGGCGACAUACUUCGUUAUGUUAGGAACAAAGAGCAUUAUGAAUGCGAGAAACGUUGUUGGCAAGUAAUUUACCUUAUUCGAUUAAUUUCUUGUCUUUCAAAGGAAGCCGAUAUCCCGAAGAAAGACGUGUCCUCUAACAAAUUAGAACUCCUUGUAAUUAAACAAGUGUCAUUAACGUUUGAGAAGCGCAGUAUAAUAAUUAUAAUUCUAGUAACGUGUUCUAGUGUUACCAUCUAUUUAAAAAAAUCCAAACAACGAGACUGUGACCUUGGGUCACGAUUGCCUUGUUCUUAA